GAUGACGAAACAAAAGUGAGAGAAUAAAAACGAAAUCUAAAAGUAAAACCCUAAAUUAAUACCCUGCCUCUGAUGAUGUGUUCCCUCCCUGCCCCUCGUGAUUCUCUUAUAUAUAACGCUCUUUCUUCUUCCUUCCUUCCUGCCACUCGCACCAAUCACUAGGUGUUUGCAUUCCCACACUCUCCUCAUAUUCCAACGCCUCCACUCCGCGAUCCGCUAUGGAUUCUCGUGAACAGCCUCAGCCACAACCGCCAAACAUGAUGGUGGGACCCACCGUGUACCCUUCGAUGUUGGCCCCCGCCACCGCUAGAUUCCCUUACAGCAACAACAACAACAACAACAGCAAUCCUCCUCCUCCUUCUUCGGAGCCUCUCAACAGCGACGCCAACACCAACCAUAAUAACAGCACGUUCGAGGCGUUGAAGCCUUGUGCGCUGGCCGCCUCGGAAUCGUCGAAGAAGAAGCGGGGCCGGCCCAGAAAAUACUCGCCCGAUGGCAACAUUGCGUUGGGCCUGGGCCCAACUCACGCCCCCGCUUCCUCCGCCGACCCCCCCGCCAAAAAACACCGCGGUCGCCCCCCUGGCUCCGGCAAGAAACAGAUGGAUGCUCUCGGCAUUCCUGGAACUGGUUUUACUCCCCAUGUUAUCACCGCCGAAGUUGGCGAGGAUAUUGCUUCAAAGCUUGUGGCCUUUUGUGAGCAAGGACGUCGGACAGUUUGCACCCUUUCUGCUUCUGGUGCAAUCCGCAAUGUCACCAUUCGAGCACCAGACAUGCCUGCUGGUAUUCUGGCCUAUGAGGGUCAAUUUGAGAUCAUAUCACUUAAAGCUGCUACGCUACAAUCUGACAAUAACAGAAUGGCUGCCUUGAGUGUGAGCAUAGCAGGUCCUGAUGGACGAUUAUUGGGUGGCGAAGUUGUUGGAGCCCUUACUGCAGCAACGGCGGUGCAGGUAAUUCUGGGUAGCUUUAUUGCUGAUGGAAAAAAGUCUAGCUCAAGUAACCUGAAAUCUGGACGUUCUUCGACGCCAUCAUCUCAGAUGUUAGCCUUUGGUGCUUCUCCGACUCCAACUACUCCUACCUCUCUAGGGCCUUCAACUGAUUCAUCUGAGGAUAAUGAGAAUAGUCAUUUUAGUAAGGGGCCAGGUGGCUCAGGACUCUACAAUAAUAAUGCUAGUCAGCCCAUUCAUACCAUGCCCAUGUACCAACAUCAACUAUGGGCUGGCCAUACUCAGCAGUGAUGAUGCGUUUUUAAGUCCAACACUGCAGAAGCAGGGUAUUGGCAUGAUGAUUCUUCAAAGUAGUGGCCAGUGGUCAAAUUCCAAAAUAUAACAUGCAUAAUUUGGUUUUGGGACUCCGAUUUUAGGAGAAUCUAUCUUAAGGUCUAAAUCUAUUGACCUUCAUUUUCCUGUGGAUUAGGAUUUUCAAAUUAUAAUUUAUAAUUUAAACAGUGUUAGCGAUUAUAGCUUUUGAUUAUUUGAGCUUGUUACCGAUUUGGA